CGAAAAAGAUCGAAAAUGAGCCACGAAGAUGACUCCGCGAACCAAGUCCGAGGCCACAACUUGGAGGCCAUAUUUGCGCCAAACGUAGUGGCCAAAAUUCUUCAAGUUGCGCAAAGAAGCCUGCAGGAAGACGCGCCGCUAGAGUCCUACCCGCACACCGUUCCUCAGACUGGCCCAGAUGCGGGACGCUACGAGCAUCGUGAGGCCGACUUCUGGACCUGUGGGUUCUUCCCAGGUAGCAUAUAUGCAGUUCUGGAGAGGACCGUGAGAUUUCCUGGGGCUAUCGACAUUGCAGGCCCCCUUCAACCCCUUGGAGAUGAGCUUUUGAAGUUGGGUCGCCACUGGAAUGUCGCGAUCAACCAGAUGAGCGGAAGGACAGAUACACAUGAUAUGGGAUUCAUUGUGCAGCCUGCGCUCCAGAAAGAUUAUGAAUUGACUGGCAACAAAGAGAGCUUGGGAAGCGUAAAGAAGGCGGCUUAUGCUCUGGCAACUAGGUAUGACCCAACUGUUAAGGCAAUCAGGAGUUGGGAUGUCGCUAUCAACGACCGAUAUUCGAUCACAGACAUGAAGGAGAAUUUCCUUGUCAUCAUUGACAGCAUGUGCAAUCUUGACCUUCUUUACUUUGUCGGCCACACUUUCCAUGACGAAUCUCUUAUAUCCAUUGCCACCCGACAUGCGAAAUCCAUCAUUCAUGAGAUCCUACGCCCGGAUUUCUCCUCGUAUCACCUCGUGAAUUUCGAUCCCACGACCGGUAAACCGAAAGCGAAGAUGACGAACCAAGGCCACGCAGACGAGUCGACAUGGUCGCGAGGCCAGGCGUGGUCAAUAAUGGGGUUUGCACAGACAUAUACAUGGACGAAAGAUCUAGUGUAUUUGGAAACAGCCAUUGGUUGUGCGAGGUACUUGAUGGGGAGAUUAGAGGAAAGCACAAGCAGGUGGCAUCACCCUUUCGUACCAGCCUGGGACUUUGAUGCGCCGGACCAGGACGAGAAAGAACCAUUGAGGGAUGUGAGCGCUGGCGUGAUCGCAGCGAACGGCCUCCUGAUCAUCCACCAGGCGCUACAAUCACUACCUGCAACUGCUGCUAAGAAUCUGUCACAAGGAAAGGAUUUUCUCGAUGAUGCGUUGAAUAUAGUCAGAGAUACAUUGGAUUUGGCGGUGGAUGGUGACCAUGCUCAGCUGGGGUUCCAGAGUGAUAAGGGAACAUGGCACAUCACCAAGGAGUCGGGAUUUGAUGCUAUACUACGGCAUUCAACGGCGAACAACAAUGAGCAUGCCCACAAGCCAUACAGCGACCAUGGACUAGUUUAUGCGGAUUAUUACUUGCUGGAAUUUGGAAACAAACUACUUCGGAUGGGACUCUUGUGA